UCGAUGUGGUUUUAUAAAUAGCCUACUUUAAUAUGUAUGCUGUACCGGGUAUAGGCUGGAUACAGUUUGACGUCAUUUUAUCGAUAGAUUUAUUGAAGUACCCCGGGAAUACCAGACGCACCAGACGACAGUCAAUGUUGAAGUUAAUGAAUGGAUCUAUGUACUGAAAGGUAGAAAAGACGUCAACAUGAUGUAUUACAGCGGACUUAUAUUGUUCCUACUGGCUUUCAUGCUAAAAAUUCAGGGAUUUAUGUGCGGGAGCACGUGUUACGAACGUCAGUACAACUACUUCACCAGCGGUUACUACUACACCUACUAUGACUACUGUACGUAUGGUUGCUGUGGUUACACUACCUACCGCUAUUGUUGUUCAUAUUACAACGGGUACGACGCAUAUACGUCUGUGUCGGUGUCGAUUGGGGUAAUCAUUGGUAGCGUCAUUGGCGGUAUCGUGUUCCUCGGUGUGUUGAUAUCUGUGGUGGUCUGCUGUAUCUGCAAGUGUGCCGACAAUCGAAGGCCUAAUCGGGGCGCCGUGGUAGCUCCAACGACAGUGGGGGCCCCAGGAGUGUCCAUAGUACACAGCAAUGUGACUAUGCCACCCCGACAAAACUACCCUAUGUACAGCCACCCCAUCCCGGCAGCUCAACCGCCGUCCUACAACAACACACAAGGCCUAAAUCCUGGCUAUGUACCCGCAGCCUAUCCGCCUCCUCCGGCAUAUCCUCCUCCAGCCUAUCCUCCACCACCAAGAAACCCAGCCACUGCACCAGUAGAACAGCCUGAUAACGAUUCCACGCCUUUUGCACCAACUGACAGUGCACAAUCUGCUUGGAACACCGUCCCUCCGGCGGCAACGCAUUGAAGAUAUGUGAAGUAAGCAUUAGGCAUAACGGCAGCUUUUUAUCCUUCUGCGCCAUGAAAUAUGGCACAAUUUCACAAUAGAUCAAAACUGCAAGUCUUAAAGGCCUUCUCACACUUUGACGACACAUCCAGAGUAUACAGAUAUCUUAACGUUUAGCGAAUACGCGGAUGAGUUAACAGCCCACUGAAGCGCUGGUACACGCUGAGAUAAUAUCUACAAAAAUCUCUAAGAUGAUACAGACAAUUAAAGCCUACACAGACUUAUUUAACGCUAUUCCAGCGAUGAAAAAUAUCAAAGAAUUCAAUUACACAUUCCUGUAUAUGCAUUUAACUGAAACUUGAGGAUUUAAAGUGACAUUCUUUUUUUUCAAAUGUACUUUUCUAGUUUUAUAUAAAUCAAGAUCAUGCUUUUUGUUGGCUUCUUUUAUUCUUUUUUUUUGUGUGUGUGAGAUUGAGUGUGUGAGGGUGAGUGUGUGAGGGUGAGGGUGAGUAGGUGUUUGUGUUUAAAUAUAUUUCUAGUUUAAUGUUAAUCAAGGACAGGUAUUUUUUUAUUCCAUAAAUGACAACUACUGUUAUGACAAGCACUAUUCUUUAAAGACUCGUAUUUUUUCAAAUUAUUUGAACCGGUGAAAAACAGAACAAGUAAUGUAUAAUAUGUAACGGUUAAGUACAUGUACAAACAAUGAGAAAGGGUUUGUUAAGGUAUACCUGAAAUAGUUUGACGGAGUUAUAUCCGUUCGUUCAAGAAAGAUAUGUGUCUAUCGAUAUAGGCACCACAUUGUCUAUACAGCACGACUCAAAUAAAGUAAACUAUAUCUCUAUGAUUAUUUCAUAAAUGUACAACAAACAUAUGUCGCUAUCAGGUGUUGAUAUUACAGGAUUAUAAUGUAUUUUCGAAAUUGAGUUAUGAAUAUUAAUAACUGAACAGGAUUUGUUACUAUAAUUCAACUUUUGUUAAGAUUGAUAAUAAUUUCUUUUAACACUUUUUUGAUAAGUAGGUUCACAGGUACAAUUUGUUCAAUAAAAUUUUUGAUGUUAGAAUUUAAUGUUUCUAAUAGAAACGAAAACAUAUCCAUACUAUUCAAGUUAUUACUCCUGUUUAUUGAUGAUCAAUUUAACAAUCGAUUGAUAAUAUUGAUAGAUAUGACAGUUAAUAAUGAAUUAUGUAUAUAAAAUGCUUGGAAAUAUAGAUCUAUAUUUCUUUAAAAUUUCUUUAAAUAAUUUUAUAUAACCAAUAUGUGCAGUAUUUAUAUAAAAAGUAUGAUCCGUCCACAAAUACAUUACCAUUAAUAUUACGAGUCAUAUAAAUCUCAGUAAAUACAGGAGAGAAGAUGAACACGAAUUAAAAAAGAACAAUGUUUGCAUUCUUUUCGAGAAAUAAAUAUAAUUAUAACAUAACUCUGUAUAGGGACUUGACGGUACACACAUGUCAGCAUUGUUGAGCGGCUUCAUUUGACUGUAAACGGUCUUUGUGUAUUAUAAGUAUUAUAACAUUACAUUUACAUGUGAUUUGUUGCUAACUGACUCGACCUGCAGAGUAACCAGCUUGUCUGAUGCCUGUGGAUCCGGGAUGACCAUACUUGGUAUGAUUAUAUAUAUUUUGUAUAAACAUAUUUCAACUGUGAUCGUGUACAAUCAACUUUUUAUGAAAGAGUGUUUUUAUUUUUGUUUUCAUUGUCAAACCAUGUGGUAUAAUUUCUUAUAUUGAUUUUUGUUUUCAAAUAGUUGUUUCUUUAUUUUCUUUUUAUCCUAUAACGUUUUAAUUAAUCUUCCCGUUCCUCUAGUGUCUCAAUGCGCCUCUGUGAUAUAUUUUUAUAUAAAUUGUAAUAUAACGCGUUAGAUACAGAUUAUAUGUAAAAAAUGUUUGUGAACAAAUAUCACUUUCUUUGGUUAGUUUUCUACGUAAGAAAAGUUCUUAUCUAACUGCCAGAGUUAUUUUUAACACAUUGCUUUGUUCCGAUAUCGACUCUAUACCAUCUCUGGAAUAUACUCACUUUUUAUAACUACUUAUUUCUGUUUAUAUGAUGCAUGAGUGCUAGUUGUUUAUUAUAGUUGUUGAUGCUUUUUUUUAAAAAAAAUUUGUUCACUAUCUUGUGAAAUUAUGAAAAACAAUAAAUCGUUUUGUACACAAUA